GAUCGAGAUUUCAAAAACUGUAGAUCUCCUUUUACCAACGGCCCGAUCGUCAGUUUCAGGGAGAUCCUACAGUAAAGACUCUAGAGAGAGAGAGAGAGAGAGAGCAGCAAAGCAGCAAAAGUGAUCACCGCCAUCGAGAGGGAAAUGCAUGGGCUUGCGCGCCUGCCUCUCUCUCUUAUCUCUUCUCUCGUGAUACCAUGGUGGUGGUGGUGGUGGUGAGGUGGCCGAGAAGGAAGGAGAGGGGACAGGGCCUGCAGUGGUAGUGGACAGCAAAGAAGCAGAGCUUCUCCUUUCCAAUUCCUCCCCUUCUCUACAGACACUACUCUCUCUCGCUCUCUCCGUACCUCCUACUGCUACGACGCCAUCACUGGCGUAUACACAAUAGUAAGAACCAAGCGCGGAGAAGAAAGCAAGGGGACCAAAAAGCAGGACGUCGUGUAUAUAUACAUCUAUAUAUACAUAUAGACAUAUAAAGAUAGAGAGAGAGAGAAGAGAGAGAGAGAGAGAGGGCGAAGGGCGGGAAAAGGCGGGGGAGGAGGAGGACCAUCUAUGCUGCUAGCCUGCUGCUUCUGCUCGGUUUUCUGCCGACUGCUACCAUACCGAUAGUGCCCGCGUCAGUGGACCCUCUUUCUCUCUGUUUCCUCGUUUUCUCCUUCAUCUGUUGGUUCCCGUCUGACUAGCAACUCUCUCUCUCUCUUCUUCUUCUUCUUCUUCUUCUUCUGUUCGUUCCUUUCUCUUGAGCUAGUGAGUUCGCUGGUUGGUUCCUUUCUUUGGAGCUAGUGAGUUCGGUGAGGUGUGUAUGUCCUGUGUAUGCGUAUUGAAACAUGGGACUUUGGCCGUCCUUUUCCUCUAGGUUUUAGACUUCUAACCGCAACCGGGCGCCCUCGAAAUGAGGCGCUUCCUCAGUUCGCUUUGCUUCUUAUUGUGGUAGCUAGUGAUGCAGCAAGCGAGCAGGAGCGACGGGCUCAUAAACUAUAUCCUCCAUUUUCGGCGGGAAGGUCUGGGGACCGAUUCAGAGACCAGAUUUCAUGUUUCGAGUGGUUUUCUGGCGGAGAAAGGUCACCCCUCUGGAAAAGAGAACGGGGUUUGUUCAGGCAACUUCCAUGCAGUUUCCGGCAAAAAUAAGUUCCUGCUACUUCAUAGCCGAUGGUUGCUCCGGCAAAAUUCACGCCGUUCAUUUCCGCAGUUUGGCUUGGAUAUCUAAGUAGAAAGAAUUGCUAUCAGCGCUUUUCUGUGGUCUCUCGUUUUUUUUGUCUGCAAGGUCGGAGGAGGAGGAUUUAUUAAUCUCGUUCUGGGGUUUCUUGAGAAUCCAUUUGGGUACUAGCUGAAAGUGAGGCUUUCUUUGAGAAAACUCCAUUAUCUUCUUUCGCGCGGGUUCCUAGACUAGGGUUUUGGGUUUCCUAUGCAGAGGCCUCUAUAUGGACUACGAAUGACUAUCUUGCUUCUGGGGAUUAUCUUCCCUGUUCGCAUUUGUUGGUAAAAUCUAAACUGCGCUAUGAAGAAGAUGAAGGCCAGAAGACUCUUCUUUCCCAUUCUGGCGCUUGUGGUUUUCUCUUUCCUUCUGGUUGUCAUAUUCAGGCAAACUUUAUUCCCUUGUGCUGGGGAAUCUGUGAGCCUUUUCAAGGUAAACCGGCGCUUCUUAGCUGAUAGAACGGAGCGCCUUAUGGAGGGAACUCCCGCUCCUUCUGGAGUUCACGGUGUCAGAAACCGUCUGAGAAGGGUUGUUCUGGGUGUUGUAUUUGGAGCUCUCACUGGCGUGAUAGCAGCCCUCAUCGUGGCUGGUCUGAUUAGAGUCUCUGCUCUUUACAUGACUAGAACGCCUAUCCUGAAGGGCCCUGUGAAUUUCUGCUCUAAGAUCAACCCAAAGAUGCUCGCUUUCCUGUGUGAAGAGGCUGCCUUCAGCGAUUCCCAACUGAUCGGAUUGAGUCCUAAUGGCAAGUACUACAAGGCCGUGCUCGAGAAUGGAUUUACAGUUGCCAUCAAGAGAAUCGAAUCAGCAAGCCCACCGGCUGAAGCACAGAGCAAGUCUGCAAAGAGGAGGAUUCAGAAGAAUUUGGAAAUUUUAGGCUGCUUGAGACAUAGACAUUUGAUGACUUUGCAUGCUUAUAUCAACUUAUCUGAUCGAUACUCGCUUGUUUACGAUUACAUGCCGAAUGGUAGUCUUGAGGAUGCAAUGAAGAAGGUCAGGGCGAGCCAGCUUCGCCUCAAUUGGGAGAUGAGGCACAGGAUUGCAGUUGGGGUGAUCAAGGGACUUCAGUUUCUUCACUUUGGGUGCAGUCCAAGGGUUCUUCACUAUGAUUUAAAGCCAGCAAAUGUUUUGCUUGAUGAUGACUUCGAGCCAAGGUUGGCAGACUACGGGCUACUUGGCCUAAUGCAAGAAACUGGUAGAACUUCUGCAUACGUUGCUCCAGAGUGUUUCCAGAGCUGCAGGUACACCGAGAAGAGCGACGUGUUCAGCUUUGGGGUGAUCUUGGCAGUGUUGCUUACAGGUCGGGACCCUGUGGAUCCCUUUUUCGGCGAAGAAGGUGGUGGUAGUAUGGGAAGGUGGCUGAGGCAUUUGCAGCAGGCAGGUGAGGCACGAGAAGGGUUGGACAAAGACAUUGUUGGGGAUGAGGGAGAGGAAGAAGAGAUGCUUAUGGCAGUAAGAAUUGCAGUUGUUUGCCUUUCAGACAUGCCUGCUGAUCGGCCUUCUAGCGAUGAACUUGUUCCGAUGCUGACACAACUGCAUAGUUUUUGAAUACUUGCCCUGCAAUUUUUCCCAGUUUCAAGAUUUUGAACGAGUCUAUGGAACAUGGGAUGUGCAAAACUAAUUAAGGAGUUUGUUCGAAUGGCCUCACAGUUGAACAGUUUUUGAAGGAAAUAGAUUGCAUGAUAAAUUUUUGCUGGCUAGGACAUGAACAGAAGCUGGAGGUGGAGACGUGCGAAGUGCUUGGGAAGGUUUGGGCCAUUUCAAUAAUUGAAAGUGGCGAAAGCUACCAACCAUUGUCUAAUUGCACAAGUAACCAACUAAAGGCACGAAGAUGCUGAUGAAUCAAAAAGGCUACUUCUAGAGCCAAAAGGAAUGGGGUUCCGCUUGUGCUGCAGGUAUAUAGUGGGCCUGAUUUAGGUUCUGAAAUGUCAGGUCGAUUUUCUGUAUUCUUCUACCUAUGCUUGCUAGGGGAAACUUAGAUGGUGGCAUGCUUUAGUGCUCUGUGACUUUCUGUCAACUUUCCUGCUGAUCAGGUUUGCUGCAUUUUAAGUAUACCUUCUUCACAAGUGAAGAUGAGAACUCGCGAUAUAAGAAUACUCUUCGACAGCAGUCAGUUCAUAGAAUUGGUGGUACUCAACUUCUCUGUUUCCCUUUGCCUAACCAGAAAGCUUGGGGUAGUUUACUCUGGGCAGAGGUGUACAGAAGGAGAUUGUGUGGCGAGAACAAGCGAAGAUCUCCCUAUCGAAUCCUAUUCUUCUGAUAAUCCACUCUGAUUGCAUUGGGCAGGUUAGACUGGUAAAUCGCUCCAUGGGGUGUUCCAUUUUUGCCUCUUGGUCGUGAAGAUUUGACGUUACCAUGGUAGUACGCGUUGUUCAAGCGCUUCUGAUGAAAUAAACAAGCCAAGCCAGAAAAAGAAGGCUUUUGGUUGAAUGGACACGUUUACCAAAUCGCAGAGAGAGGAGAGAGAUAUGGCAGAUGCUCUUUGGGGUUCUGUAGAAAGCAGUCCGUGCCGGACAGGGGAAUGUUGAGAAAGAUGGCUGUUGGGGCCUGUCCAUGAUUGUCGCUAAAGGUGGCCUUCGCCUUUCCUUUUCCUUUACAGACUGUAAAUAUGAAAGGAUCCUUCCUCCCCUCUUUCAAAGGCAUAUUUU